ACCUCGCCGCUCGACUUUCGAUAAACUUCCGGGGCUGAAUGAAGUUUGUUUCCGGGUUAUGCCCUUUUGUGGUUACAGUGUGGUUCAGGUUAUUACUUCUAAGCUUUGUGGGGACCUGAAGUGGCUUGCUUUGUCUUCCCCUUAUUACUUGUUGGCAAGGAGUGAGAAUAGUUGCAGCAGUUAGAGGCAAAUUGAGGCGGACUUAAGGAGCCAGCCUAAGAAGGUUUGCUCAUAAUUUUCGUGAAGUGGAGGAUAAGAAUGCGGAUGCCGCAUUUCUGUAGGUAGAAAAGUUUUAGCUUUUGCUCGUAUGCCUGGCUUAGUGCAUGAUGCACCCAGACCUGUCUCCUCACCUGCAUACGGAAGAGUGCAACCUCGUCAUACGUCUACUGAAAGAGUGUCACAGUGAGCACUCCAUCAUGAAAUUCUUUGGCCGUUGCAAUGAACUUGACAGAGAAAUGAGGACGUGUUUAAAGAGAGAGUACCAAGCAAACAGAGCCAAGAGCCGAGAGCAUGCAGAAGAACUGAGGCAGAGAUUGAGGAGUGCUACCAAGCUUGAGUAGAGCUCCACAGAAUUGGCGUCUGGGCUGGGGGUCAGUUCAGAGUCCGGAAUCCAUGCCUUUGACGUUUUCUGAACCGUGGAGUGCGGAACAACAACCAACUCUGAAGUGUUUAUGAUAAAAAUUGGCUGCAGGUGGCACCGAAUGGCUCUUGAGGCAUUUUUGGAUGCUCUGACAAAAGACUUUGCAGAAUACAAUUUGGCUCGAGG